CCUCACUCAUUUCAAAUAUAAUUCCAAAAUCUCGUAACACACACACAACAAGAAAAACAUAUUUUCGUUGGAAACCCAAUUAGAAGGCAAAAAAUGGCUGAAUCUGCAACCAUGGGAAUGGAGCUAGAAGAACAAUUGGUGGAUACAGAGGAAGAUCAUAGGGAUGAGAAUGCAAGGACAAUAUUUCUUGCAGAGCUGAAUCUCAUUCAAAUUAUCUCAUACCUUUCAUUAUCAUCUGAAGAACUUGAUUUUGAGGCAGUGGAUAUUAAUGAAAAUGGCAAAGCUCACCAACAACACAAAGUUGUUUCUGAUCUACGUUCCAGAAAACGGGGUGGAAUCAAGAAAUACAAGAACAUUGAGCCAGAAAUUCAAAGGUUCUCGACCAAGAUUAGAGAUUGCAGGCGUAGUAGAAGAAUGUGAAGAAAGCAACAUUGACCAAAGCUAGAAACCAGAGACGUACCAACAGAAGGUCUUUCUUUUUCAGCAAGGCCGUUGAAGCUACCUUAAUAUGUACUGUAUUUGCUUGGGAAGAGAGAGUUCAUAUUAAAGAAUAGUAGUUGAAACAAAAUUGAUGUAUUCUCAUUUUUGGAAAUGCCCAUUUCGAUUUGUUAACAAUGAACAAGAUUUUAUCUUCUCAUC